AUGUAUCUUUCGAUGUUUAGUUACUUAUCGUCUAGUGACUGUGUAAGUUACUUAAAACUCCCUAGACCUGAUAAAAACCAGGUGGUUGAUAUUCCUUGUAGCUCGCAGGCAAGUGAAAAGGCGAGACAGGUGUUAGUUUGUCCUCGGCCCUCAACCGUGAGUAAAAAAAAAGCAAAUAAAAAAAAAGAAGAAUACUUACAUUCAAGUACGUCCGGUUUUUCCUUCGCGGCAAUGGUACGCGAACAAUCUCGUGAUUUCUUACAGACAUCGAAGCGAGGUGAGAUCAGAAUGCGGGAGGAAGAACUCGAGAUAUCACUCAAGGUGGUCAUAGUAGGAAAUGGUGCAGUCGGCAAGUCCUCGAUGAUCCAAAGAUUUUGUAAAGGAACGUAUACAAGAGAUUAUAAAAAAACUAUAGGUGUAGAUUUUUUAGAACGAGAAAUAGAAGUCGAUGGAGAAGAUGUAAGACUAAUGUUGUGGGAUACUGCUGGCCAAGAAGAAUUUGAUGCAAUUACAGCGGCUUAUUAUCGCGGUGCUCAUGCGUGUGUUUUGGCGUAUUCAUCAACAGACCGGGAUUCCUUUGACGCCAUUCCAUCUUGGAAACUCAAGGAAAAGAAUGAGUGUGGAGAAAUCCCAACAGUCUUGGUGCAAAACAAGAUUGAUCUCGUCGAUCAGUGUCAAAUAGAUCCAAAUGAAGCUGAGAGACUAGGCCGAGCCUUGGGUUGUAAACUCCUACGUACAUCCGUCAAGGAAGACGUGGGUGUAGUGAGCGUUUUUAGGCAUCUGGCUUCAAAAUGUUUGAUAGAAAUGCGCAGGUGUGAAGACGACUAUCAAGAUGACUUGAGAUUGUACUCAUCAGGACCACGAUCACCUUCUGUUAUCAGUGCUUUUAGUCCAAAUGAAUGUACAGGUCGUAACACCGGAAAUGGAACAAUUGUCCUCCGACCGAGUGGUAGAACUCGACACCACAAAAAGAAAAACUUUGUCAAGAAUGUCUGUAGACUCUUGUGA